AUGGAUGAAGUAGUUGGUUUACUGCCGCUCGAGAUAGCUCCUGUAGGUGGUGCUGGAGGAACUGAGCUAGCGAACCGCCAGGUGAAGCUCCCUGACAAGGGGGGCUUUCAUCAGCUCUCAUGUCCAGACCCCCCAGGGAGGGUGUGCAAACCAGCACCUGCCAGAGCCCACUUGCCACGUGGGGAGCGUGUGGAAGAUGCUUCUCCCACCACCUCAUCCCCAUUGGCUUUCCUGGCUCCCCUGGCAGAGACCUCCCGAGUUUGUGCUGGAUCACACUCAUCUCUGAGUGUCUCCCGGCCGCCAGAGCCGUUGCUGCCCCUAGAACGCCCUUCACCCCAGCUACUGGCGUUCUCCCCUCCCACACCGCGGUCCCCUGCUCCUGUGGCCUGCCCUAUGCCUCCUCCUGACGCCAGCCUGGCUUAUCCUCAGUGUGACUCAAUGGCACCCCCACUGGGCACUGUCCCACAGAGCUGUUCUCCACGCAACAACUGUUGGUUGCCUCUUCCCGUCUCAGUGAUCUCGGACGUUGGUCGCACAAGUGACCCUGUCUCAGCCCUCUCCUGGUGGCAGGUGGCUGCCACAACUGGCAGAGCCUGGAGCCUCUCCACCUCACCCGAGAGCAAAUCCCAGCAGGGGCCUUUUUCCAACCACCCACCAGAGGCUUCCUUCUGGGGAGACGCCACACCCAGGCAGAUGGAGGCUCAUGGCCCCACUUUCGUCAACCCUGAUGUACAGAACCUGUGGGAGACACUAAUUGAAAAGAGGAAGAAGGAAGAAAAGGAGGGGUCAUUUCUGAAACAAGUGAGCCCAGACUACCCCCGGGGUUGUCUGGGGAAUAUGAUAAAGCCAGCGAGCGAAGAUCAGGACACCACAACCCCACACCGCUUCCGGAACAUGGCAGACAAACCAGAGCAGCUGCCGGGUCCUCAGCAGCUCUCCCAUCCCAAGGCCGUGGGGGACCAUUUACAGCAGAAAUGCAGCCAGCUCUUCUGGGGCCUCCCCUCUCUACACAGCGAGUCCCUAGUGGCUGCUGCCUGGGUCUCUGGUCCCCCAUUAGAGUUUCCCUCUGUUGUAUUCAAUGGACUCUCUAACUCCUUUACGACAACUUUCUGUGGAGUAUCUUGCCCAACAAUCUACACGAAGGCCCAAUUUCCUAUCCCAACUGCUAUUCAACAACUAGAAUGUCACCUUCUGAAGAAGCAACAAGAAAGCAGGAGGGCCUUACCUGCUAUAGUGAAAAAAUCUCAGGAAGUCUUAACCAGCUCACUCCCGACAGCUGGGCCUCCCAGACCCACAAGUGGAAGCAGCCAGGAUAUACAGGACAUGGAGUCCGAGGGUCCAGCAAUAUUUCAGAUAUGGAAACGCCUGAGACUGGAUCUGGGGUACUGUCUGGGGAGUGAUUCAGAUCUAUCUUGCAAUUCGGACAGCUCCCUAGCGGUGCUCCCAGGGGCCAGCUCUGAGGAGGAGUCAGAAAGUGACUGGAUGAAGCCCUCAAGUGACACAAGAAAUGACUUACCAGGGAGCCCAGACAAGGAGCAUGUAGAAGACAUCCUGAAAGUCCACUUGAGCAGGAAGUUGGGGCAGAUUAAGGAAGGCGGGAUCCCUGUAAGCAUUUGUCAUUCCAGGAUUGCUACCGACCAAGCCUUGGCCCCUUCUGAACACUCAAACAUGCACAUAGAACCUAGAACUCUAGCAUCCUCAAAGAGUCGGGAAUCCUGCCAAGACACCUCGUGGGAACUUCUCCUUGAUCCGGGGAGCCAACAUGCGCUGAAAGCACCCAGAAGGUUGCGGGUGAGGCACGUGGGGCCUACCCGUCAAGAUCCUUAA